AUGGCGGCACGAAGUUUAGCAGAGUCCGUAGCAAGAGUAGUUUCGGAAAAUAGUUUCACGGCUUGGGAACACCUCCUUACUUUUGCCUACAAAAAUUUCCAUAUACCUCACACAAAAUCAAACCGUACUUUAACCGCCAUAAUCAAAGAUAACUUGUCUCAUCCGUCAUUUCCUGUUGCAAAUCCUACCGAUACACCAAACACAAUAGACCACAACGCCCAAAUCAAUCCGAAAUAUAAGUGCAGGAUAAUUGAACAAAAAAUAUCCGAUGGCAACUUAAAAGGAGCGACUAGGUUAUUAUUUUCGAGUGACACUUUGGCGUCAUACUCUCCUGCCGUGCUUAGUGCUUUACAGGAUAAGCAUCCCGUCGCUUCCGCGUCCUCACUUUUACCCAGCCCACCGGGGCCACCAGCUGCCUCUCUCCAACCGCUGCAGGUAACAAAAGCUGCAGUUUUGCAUGCUGUGCUCUCUUUUCCUGCUGGGUCAGCUGGCGGCUUAGAUGGCAUCACACCACAACAUUUAAAGGAUUUGACCGGCCCGCUUGCUGGGGAUGCCGGUGAGACAUUACUGGAGGAGCUUACUGCGCUGACAAACCUAAUGCUCGCGGGCAAAGUUUGCCGGGAAGUUGUUCCCAUACUGUACGGGGCUAAUCUUAUUGCCCUUAAGAAAAAAGAUGGCGGUAUUCGGCCAAUAGCAGUGGGAAAUACUUUUCGGCGACUUACUUCAAAAAUUUGUUGUCGCGAAUUUCAUUCACGCUUAACAGAGAAGUUUAAACCCAUUCAGCUGGGGUUUGGCCUUAAGGGGGGUUGCGAGGGAGCGGUUCAUGCAGCCCGUUCGUUUAUAGAUAGCCCAAAUUUUGAAAUUCUGGUGAAGAUUGACGUCCGUAAUGCGUUUAACUCCAUCGAUCGCGGCGUUCUUCUGACCCAAGUAGAGAAAGAGCUGCCAGAAAUAUAUGGCUACCUUUGGCAAUGUUACGGCUCCGCCUCUAGCCUUAUGUACAAAAAUAUGGAAAUACCGUCUUGCGUGGGCUGUCAGCAGGGGGAUCCACUAGGCCCUGUAAUUUUUAGUCUGGCCAUCCACCCCAUCAUCAAUCAGCUGACAUCUAAUCUGAAUUUUUGGUACCUCGACGACGGUACUAUUGGCGGCAAAAAAUCAACGGUGUUAGCGGAUUUAAGGACUUUAAAUGAUAGGUUUGCGGAGAUUGGUUUAGCGAUCAACUACGAUAAGUGUGAGUUGUUCAUUUCGGACGCCAUGCCCCCCGACACCAAGUCGUCAUUAAUCAACGACAUUAACCUCAUUACGCCAAAUAUUUCGGUAUUGUCGCGCGAUACCCUUACGCUUUUAGGAGCCCCAAUUUUGGAAGAAGCGAUUCCGCUCUCAAUAAACGGUAAGGUCGAACAAUUUAAUAAGUGUUCGCAAUUGUUACACGAGAUUAACCCGCACAUGGCGAUCUACAUUCUGCGUCUUUGCCUGUUUUCACCGAGAUUUUUGUACAUACUCCGCUGCGCCCCAGUAUGGAAAUUCCCAUUGAUAACAUCAAGCGUAGAUAAUAUCCUCAGAGAAACGGUCAGUAAGAUCCUGAACGUCAGCUUUACACCAUCGAGUUGGACUCAGGCUACCCUCCCGAUUAAAUUUGGCGGACUUGGUAUCCGUUUGGCGGGUGAUCUAGCUCUCCCGGCGUUUUUGUCGUCUGCCUACAGUACAUUCACCCUCGUUCGCGGUAUUCUUCGAAUUCCUUCAACCGCUAACGUGUUGGUGUCGUGCUUGGCGGAUGCGGAAUCAGCUUGGGAGGCAGACCAUUCAGUCGAGCAGGUACCGGGAGAAAAAAUGAGUCAAGCGGCGUGGGACGUUUUUAAUGUUAAAAGAAACCUACAACUUCUCUUGCAUAAUUCCCCGAACCAUCAUGAACGAGCUAGGCUCAUGGCGGUGUCUGAAAAGGAGUCAGGUUAUUGGUUGCAUGCACUUCCAUCACGAAACCUGGGCUCCGCUCUGGAACCCUCAACUUUGAGGAUCGCGGUUUGCCUUCGCCUGGGUCUACGAAUUUGCGAGCCGCACACUUGCAGCCGUUGCAUACAGCCAGUUGACACUCUGGGGCGGCAUGGCCUGCAUUGCAAAAUGAGCGCUGGUCGGCUUUACAGGCAUGCUACCCUUAACGAUUUGAUCCGCCGCGCCCUCAGCACUGCCUCUCUUCCCGCGACGUUGGAGCCGUCAGGUCUCUGUGCAGCUGACGGCAAGAGACCUGAUGGCUGCACUCUCGUGCCCUGGAGCUUAGGUCGCCCUUUGGCGUGGGACGCCACCUGCGUUGACACGCUGGCUCCGUCUUACGUGGAAGGGUCGGCUCGGAAGCCUGGGACUGCUGUGGACCAGGCCCAGACCGCCAAGCGCCGCAAAUACGCGUUCUUGUCGAAUGAGUAUGAGUUUGCGGCGCUUGCAAUGGAAACGCUAGGCCCGUGGUCGUCCGACACCAAAAAUUUUGUCAGAGAAGUGUCAGUUCGGCUGAUAGGCAUCUCGGGCGAUCAUAGGGCUGGCGCUUUCUUUGCCCAGAGGCUAAGCCUGGCGGUGCAGAGGGGUAACGCCGCCAGCGUUCUUGCGACCAUGCCGGAAGGAAGUGAUUUGGGGGAGAUCUUUUAUAUUUAG